AUGUGCUGUUGCGGACAGGGCAAGAAGGUGAUGAUGACGUACAAAGCUCAGAUUUCCAGCCACUUUGCCCCCAACCAACGCAACCGCAAGCCACCCAGGCUCCUCACGCAAAAUCCCCCCUCCUCACCCGAGUCGCGGCAGCUGAGACUGGGUCGCCCUGUGUGUGAGUGUGUGUGUGUGUGUGUGUGUGCGUGUGUUCGAAAUCAGCAAAACACACACAACAACAACAACAACAACAACAACAACAACAACAACAACAACAACAACAACAACAACAACAACAACAACAACAACAACAAAAGCUUUGUCGUUCUUUCUGUUGCAAAGUCUCUCUGUCUGUCUCUGUCUGUCUCUGUCUGA